AUGAAUAAAAUAAAAAAAUAACUAUUAUACACUAAUAGUAUUUCAACUAUUGAUAGAUUAUUGAGAUUGAAUGUUAAUGAAUCAUUAGCCGUCAAACAUUUAUCAAAAUUAAGUUUAGCUACAAAAUAUACACUUCUAAAAAAAGGCUCUGCAGAAUUGUAGUAAUUAAUAUUAAUGGAUAUGUCAAAUAAAUCACUUCCACAAAAUUACACUAUUGGAUUGCUAUUUAAUAAAUUAUUUUAAAAUAUUCUAAGUUUUGGAAUUAAACCUGAUUAACCAUACUAUAAAGAUAAUCUCUUAGAACAUUUAAGUCUAUAAUAAAAAAUUAAACUAUUUUGCAAAAAUCACCAUAAAUAUUUUAAUGAUAAUAUAAAGGAUCAAAUCCUAGAAGAUAUUGAGAAUUAAGGAUCCAUUAAUGUCCAAUCUAAAUAUUUAUUAAAAUGGCUUUAUUUAUAGGAUGAUAAUACUUAUUAAUAAUAUCAUACACUUGUUAUAAAUAUUGUUUUGAAUUAAUAAAAUGGAGAAUUAGAUUACAAAUCUCAUAAAUACAUUAGUUUACUAUUUGAAAAACUUUCAUAAUCUUAAUUUGAAAAUGUUAAAUUAUUCUUAACAAUUUACAGAGACCUUGUUCUAUCAUUCAUGAUUUCAAAAAAUUCACGAAAUAGAAUUUUACUAAAACUUUAACUUAAUAAGUAAUUGCAAUUGAAUUACCCAUUAAAACAAAUUGAAUUGGAUUCUUAAAAAUAUAAAGAUUUAGAUUGUUUAGCUUAUAUUAAUUUUUAUCUUAAAUAUUCAGAGAAUUUAGAAUGGUUAUUAUAAUUAAUAUUAUCAAAAAGAGUUAUUAAUCAUCAAUAUAAAACUUAAGUCUUAGAACUUAUUAAUCAUAUUAUUUAAAUUAAUUAAUGUUAAUAGUAUUAUUAAUAAUUAUUUGACUAGAUUAUGGAUGCUUUUGAACCUGAGGAAGUUUUCUAUCAGGAACUUAAAUAAAUCUUUAGUUUUUUAUUAAUUGUUAAAGAUUAUCCUGAAAUAAUUUUAGUUUAAUUAUUUAGAAUAUUAGCUGAUAAACAUAUACUCUUUGAUCCUUAAGAAUUCUCUAACAUAUUAUUAUUAGUGAAUCAAUUCUAAGAUGUUAACAUUUAAGAUUAACAUUAAACUUAUCAAAUUUCUAUUUAUGAUGAAUUAAGAGACUAUUAUCUAAAAAAUUCAUUACAGAUGAGCAAAGAAGUGCAUUAAAUCUUUAUUCGAUAAACAGCAAAUAAAUUGAGUUAAUGA